AUGUCAAGAAUUCUGAUGUGCCUACACCUCCAACCGUUCAAUCAGACAAUCUGGAAAGAAACUGACCGCACGAACACCACCGAUAUCGAUUGGUCUUCAUUUCUUGCAAUGUCUACAGCCAACCAGAGGCGGGAUCACGGGGACCCCAUCCUGGAAGGCGGACAACACCCAAACCCUUCGUGGUCUCUUGCACACCCUUCUGCCAAGUCAUGUGCUGUCCACCUCGAGGUUUGCGCCAUCCUGAAGGAGGCACGGAAAACAAGACUCGUUUCGAAAAAACCGUUCAGUUGUAGCACCCUUUCGGUGCCUAGCUGCCAUGCCACCCGAAGGGAGCACGAGGGCUGGGGUGCUGGCAGGUUGCCCAGGCCUAGACAGGGAAAGUCGAGAGGCAGAGGUCGGGUUCGAACCACGGACCUCGCGGUCACUGAUACGUUUUCUGGGAGCGAGACGACUCAGCGGUUGGAGCGUAAAUUUACUGACCGGAAGGUUCGUGGUUCGAACCCGACCUCUGCCUGUCGACUUCCCCUGUCUAGGCUAGGGCACCCUGGCAGUAUCCCAGCCCUGGUGCUUUCUCCGUGUGACAUGGCAUCUAGGCACCGCAAGGGUGCUACCUCUGAACGUUUUAUUUUAUUCUACUUGUCUGACCCAAAUUGGACUGUUUUCAAGAACUACACUAAUUUGCAAAUCAAUUUGGUUUUCACGAGAGAAUCGACUGAACCUCUCCUUUAUGAUGUUCUACAACUGAAUGCGCUGAACACAGGCCGCCUCGUGUUUCAGCUACGAUGUUCGAGAUAUCGUAGUUCUCAAUCACUGAGCUGUCGUACAUGUGCUUGCAAAUUUGAUGAGGGUCAGUGCAUUCGGGACGAGAUGGUCCAAGUGAGCGCGAAUUUACUGACCGCAAGGUUCGCGGUUCGAACCCGACCUCUGCCUAGGCUUGGGCAACCUGGCAGUUCCCCAGCCCUCCUUCUUCCUUCGGGUGGCAUGGCAGUUAAGCACCGAAAGAGUGCUACAGCUGUACGAUUCGGGACGACUAAAACCCUGAGAAAUACGACAUAUCGAUAG